AUGACAAAGUUGGAGAAACUUACCCUUCAGCUACAGAUUAUAACAUAUGAGCUAAUUGAACUGUAUGAAAUCCUGGCCAUUUAUACUGACAAGGAUUUGCAGAACAGGCUGAAUUCUUUUGAGAUGCUGAAAAAGGAGCAUAAGCAGAUGAUGUUGGACUUGCAGAAAUUGCCCAUGGAGAUCAGUGAUGGUGUGAACAAGGUCAAACAGCUGAUUGAGGAGAAUGUAUCCUACAGUUACCUACACAGCCAGGCCCUCCAAGAUUGUACUCAGCUGAAGGAGAAUGUACAUGUGUUGAGACUGAAAAACAGACUGCUGUGGGAGGAGCAGAUUGAACUGCAGGAGUCCUGUGAGGAGCUGAAGAGGUGCUUGAUGGAAGCCUAUGAGAUGAUCUUUGACCCCUCUGCUGAGCAGCAGCAGGACCAAGAGCACCUGGAUGAAAGACCGAAGGAUCUGCUGAAGCAGAAGGAACUGGUCACCCAGCAAGAGGACUUGGCAGACAAGCUCCAACAUCACUUCAAUGUCUCUGAGAUGAGUCCUCCUAAAGAAAAGAAAGUUUCAAAAAUGAGCUUAAGACACAGAAAACCUGAUCCAAGAAUUACUGAGAACCCUGACAUUCAACAGCAAGUGGCCCCUGUGAAGUGUACUACAACAUGGAGGGAAGAGAUGUAUGCAUGCCUGAUCCGGAGAAAGGAUUUACAGAAGACAUCUGAGUCAUCUUUGAGCCAGCUUCCCAGAAACACGUCUUUAAAAAAAAAAAAAAAUGUGGUAGCACAGGCUUGA